AUGUCAGAUGCUAAAUAUUUUCAAAGAGGUAAAAUCCAAGAACUUCGUACCGAGCUAAAUUCGGAAAAGAAAGAUAAGCAACAUGUAAAAAAGAAGACAGUACUUAAAAAGAUUGUAGCCAAUAUGACGAUGGGAAAUGACAUGUCACCAUUAUUUCCUGACGUAAUUAGUUGUAUGAAAAUUCCCGUACUAGAAAUCAAAAAAAUGGUUUAUCUUUAUUUAAUCAAUUAUUCAAGAACAAAACCUGAUAUGGCUGUCAUGGCUAUACCGACUUUAAUUAAGGAUGCAGAAGAUCAUAAUCCUUUAAUAAGAGCAUUAGCGAUAAGAACGAUGGGUUAUAUAAGUGUUGAAAAGGUGGUGGAUGCUUUGAUUGAUCCAUUAAGACAUUCUUUACGAGACCAAGAUCCAUAUGUAAGAAAAACUGCUGCAAUCACAGUAUCAAAAUUAUAUUUGUAUGAUAGAUCAUUAGUAGAAAGUGAAGGAUUUAUAGAUAUGUUGAGAGAUAUGUUGGCCGAUUCCAAUCCUACCGUUGUUGCAAACGCUGUCGCUGCUCUAACCGAAAUAUCAGAAAGAUCAGAUAAUAUCUCAUUAAAAUUAAAUAUGACAAUUGCUAACAAAUUAGUAACAGCUUUGAAUGAAUGUUCCGAAUGGGGACAAACAUAUAUACUUGAAUCUUUGAUGUUUUAUGUCCCUUUAGAAAUGGGAGAUGCAGAGAUGUUGGCUGAACGUAUUGCACCAAGACUACAACAUGCUAAUUCUAGUGUAGUGCUAACUGCAGUAAAAGUUAUCAUGUAUUUAAUGAAUUACAUGACUAAAGAAGAUGAUAUUACAAAUAUGUGUAAAAAAUUAUCCCCUCCUUUAGUGACAUUACUUUCAAGUGGACCGGAAGUUCAGUAUGUGACACUUCGUAACAUACUAUUAAUCAUUCAAAGAAGACCAGAUGUAUUAAGAAAUGAUAUUAAAGUAUUUUUUUGUAAAUAUAAUGAUCCAAUCUAUGUUAAAUUGGCAAAACUUGAAAUAAUGUUUCGAUUAGCCAAUACUGACAAUGUCGAUCAAGUUCUCUCAGAAUUAAAAGAAUAUGCAACUGAAAUUGAUGUAGAUUUUGUUAAGAAGGCUGUAAGAUCGAUUGGCCGAUUGGCUGUGAAAAUUGAAUCUACAGCAGAUCUUUGCAUAGCAGCUUUAUUAGAACUUAUCCAAACAAAAGUUAAUUAUGUUGUUCAAGAAGAUAUAUUUAGAAAAUAUCCAAAUAAAUAUGAAAGUAUAAUAGCGACAUUAUGUGAAAAUUUAGAUAACUUGGAUGAGCCUGAAGCAAAAGCAGCAAUGAUUUGGAUAAUAGGUCAAUAUGCUGAUCGUAUAGAUAAUUCUGAUGUAUUAUUAGAUGAUUUCCUGUAUACAUUCCUUGAAGAUCCUGUUCAGUUAUCAUUGUUAACAGCAAUUGUAAAACUUUUUAUUAAAAGACCUGCAGCAGGACAAGAACUUGUUCCAAAAGUAUUAAAAUUAGCAACAGAAGAUGUUGACAAUCCAGAUCUACGUGAUCGGGGUUAUAUUUAUUGGCGUUUGUUAUCGACUGAUCCUGCUGCUGCAAAAGCUGUUGUAUUAUCAGAAAAACCAGGAAUUACCACCGAAUCAGAAAAUAUGGAACCUGCUUUAUUGGAUGAAUUGUUAUUGAAUAUUUCAAGUCUUUCAUCAAUUUAUCAUAAAUCUCCACAAACUUUUAUUCAUCAUUGUAAACCUCAUUCUUUAAUCCAAUCUCCAGUUUUGAAUAGAAGAUAUUCAAGAAAAACACAAGAUUUAUUUGACACCGAUUUUGAUAAAUAUAUUAACGAUAUUGGAAUAAUCGAAACAAAUCCUUAUAACGUAGAUGUUGCAAAAAUCGAU